GCGUCUCCCCUUCAGUAGCCUACAGAGCUGUCUGUGGUGUAGUGCGCCGCGUCAACUUUAGCAACUCCUCGAUUUCAAGGAAUAACAGAUAUUAACGAGAACAACAAAGUGGGAUUGUACACUAUUGACCGAGACAAGAGUAGAGAGUAGGAUACAAAUAUUGCAAGCUUAGGUGAUUGCCAAGUUCAUUUGGAUCCAUAGCUUUGUUGCUGGGGAUUCGUGCAGGAUCUCCGCGGCUUCAUUCGUACACUGGGGACGGAGAAGGAGAAUUUAGUAGGAUUUUGUUAUCUGCCUUCUAAAUGACUCUUAUGACUGGAAUCUGCGUAAUUUCCACCGGGCAAUAAUAACCAGGUACCUGGACUCUCUCUCCUCUUCUUCUCUGUAAGCGGAGGGACCAUGCUGUGGGACAAAAUGUGGUGGCUGUCCACCAUGCUGGCCCUUUCGGCCCAGGCACUGCCCACACUGCCCAUUGAGCCCCUCUCUGCCCCUCGGGUUUUCCUCUCCUUCAAAGAGCUGCGAUCUACUGGCACUGCCCACCACUUCUCCUUCCUGCUCAACUCAACAGACUACCGUAUCCUGCGUAUGGACGAGGACCACGACCGCAUGUACGUGGGCAGCAAAGACUACAUCCUGUCCCUGGACCUGCACGACAUCAACAAGGAGCCGCUCAUAAUUCACUGGCCUGUGGCUCCUCAGAGGAAGACAGAGUGUGUUUUGUCGGGGAAGGAUACCAACGGGGAAUGUGGGAACUUCAUCCGUCUGAUCGAGCCGUGGAACCGGACCCACCUAUACGUGUGUGGAACAGGGGCCUACAACCCCGUCUGCACCUAUGUGGACCGCGGACGCAGGUCCCAGGCCCACUACCUGCAGGCGGCCCAGUCCGGAGGGAGGACCAACCGGGCGGCAGAUUUCACCACUACGGCAGGGCCUGUGGAGCCAAAGGAAUAUAUCUUCCGUUUGGAGCCGGGCAAGGUGGAUUCGGGUAAAGGCAAAUGUCCUUACGACCCUAAACUCAACAGCGUCUCAGCUUUGAUAAAUGGGGAGCUCUACGCGGGGGUCUACAUUGACUUCAUGGGGACAGACGCGUCCAUUUUCCGUACUCUGGGGAAACAGACAGCCAUGAGGACGGACCAAUACAACUCCAAAUGGUUAAAUGAUCCCACAUUCAUCAAGGCACACCUCAUUCCAGACAGUGCUGAGAAGAACGAUGACAAGCUCUACUUCUUCUUCCGGGAGAAGGCUUCAGAGAUGGGCCAGAGCCCCAUGGCCCAGUCCAGGAUAGGCAGGAUCUGUCUGAAUGAUGAUGGUGGACACUGCUGUCUGGUCAACAAGUGGAGCACUUUCCUGAAAGCCAGACUCAUUUGCUCGGUACCUGGAGUGGACGGCAUAGAGACCCACUUUGAUGAGCUCCGGGACGUGUUCAUCCAGCCAACUCAGGACACCAAGAAUCCUGUCAUCUAUGGCGUGUUCUCAGUUUCAGGGUCAGUGUUUAAGGGCUCAGCAGUGUGUGUCUACUCCAUGGCUGACAUCCGUCAGGUCUUCAAUGGACCCUAUGCUCACAAGGAGGGGCCCAACUACCAGUGGGUGGCCUACACUGGGAAGAUCCCUUACCCUCGGCCUGGGACGUGUCCCGGAGGUACGUUCACCCCCAAUAUGAAGUCCACUAAGGAUUACCCAGACGAGGUGAUUAACUUCAUGCGGAACCACCCCACCAUGUACCACGCUGUAUACCCAAUACACAAGCGCCCCCUGGUGGUCCGGAACAACGUGGACUAUGAGUUCACCACCAUCACCGUGGACCAGGUGGCCGCUGCCGAUGGGAGCUACGAGGUCCUAUUCCUGGGGACAGACAGGGGGACGGUUCAGAAGGUGAUUGUCCUGCCCAGAGACGACCUGCAGACUGAAGAACUGGUCCUGGAGGAGGUGGAAGUGUUCAGGGUGCCAACUCCCAUAACCACCAUGAAGAUUUCAUCCAAAAGGCAACAGCUGUACGUGGGUUCAGUGUUGGGUGUGACCCACCUGGCCCUCCAUCGCUGUGACGUGUACGGGGAGGCGUGUGCUGACUGCUGCCUGGCCCGGGACCCUUACUGCGCCUGGGACGGCAAGUCCUGCACCCGCUACUCCGCCUCGCAGAAGAGAUCCGACCCCUCUAGGCGCAGCCGUCGACAGGAUGUAAAGUAUGGCAACCCAAUCCGCCAGUGCAGAGGCUAUAACUCUAACGCCAAUAAGAACACGCUGGAGAUGGUGCAGUAUGGGGUGGAGGGCAGCACUACGUUCCUGGAGUGUCAGGCCAGGUCCCCUCAUGUGUCUCUCAAAUGGCACCUGCAGAGGGAGAACAGCGACAGGAAGAAAGAGAUCCGCUCUGAGGGCCGGACUGUGAAAACAGAGCAAGGUCUGCUGCUGCGUUCCCUCCAAUCUUCUGACAGCGGCGUCUACCAGUGCACGUCCACAGAGAAGAACUUCAAACACACGCUGGUCAAGCUGCAGCUGGUGGUCCUGUCCAGCCGCACGGUCAACAGUGUCCUGGUGGAGACGGGCAACCCGGCCCUGCCACCCCUCCAGUCCAGCGCCUGGACCCCCAGCGCGGGUCAGUACAAGGACCUGCUGACCAUCCUGAGCCAGCCGGAGAUGGGUCUGAUCAACCAGUACUGUCAGGACUACUGGCAGCUGGGAGAGGGCAGUCCGGGGGACCCCAUACUGGCCAUCAGCAAGGCCCGGGGACUCAAGGAGCUGAAAGAGCAGAAGAAGCCCCGCAACCGCCGGCAUCACAACGAUGAGGAUAAGCACGAGGACGACAAAGAUGAGCACACCAACCUAGCCGAGACAUGAGGCCCCUGGACUUGCACCACAUGCCGCACACUAAGCCCCUACACCACGACACACAGUCCCUUGUCCCCUCCGCUCUCUCCCUCUCUGCACAGCCCUCCGGAAAUGGGAAAGACUUCAAUUGAAAGCAUUCAAAAGCAACCAGAAAGAGAAACCACUACAAAUAGCAAAAAUAGUAAGCAACGAACAGAUUCUUCUUAACUGUUAAAAAAAAAAAGAUACACAGUAUUUAUUGUAGGUUGUACAUAGUAAGAUUCUGUGGAUUUCUUUGUCCUUAAAUAGAAAAACGAGGCUUUUUUUUGUGAAUAGGUAGAUCUGUGCAAAUAUGAUUGUUAUUAUGAUGCUAUUAUCGUUGUUAGUGUCAUUGUUUAUUACAAAUUGUGUUAUUAUAUGGCAAAGAUAUUUGUGUUCUGUCUUUUGGAGGGAGUGCGAAACGUUGAAAAGACAUUUGAAGGUGUAAAUACCUCCAACUGUUUGGACUCAGAGGAAUACCUUCAGAAAGGUUUUGGUAUGUUGGCUCCAUGUUGGGUCCAUUUGACUGCUGGCAGUAUGUAGUCUUUGAGGUGGGACGAGUCAGAUCACUGAUGGAGUGAUGACCCAGAAACUCACCCAAAGCCAUGAUGGACAAUUAAUUCCCACAGCCAAUGGACUAUAAGGAUGACACUUCAUAGCAUUUCAUUGGACACGCAGAGAGACGAGGAAAUUGACCGUAGGACACUGCAGCUUCGAGUUGGUCCCACGGCCACAGAGAGACACUAGAGUGAAAAGUCUGGUGGGAAAUAACGCACUCCUUGUCUGCUGAACUGACCCUGGGGUGAAACAACUGACCCUGGGGUGACCCCAAAUCCCCUCAACCCCAAAUCCCCUGUGUUCCACUCUUCUUGGGCCAUGUGGUCCAAUAUGGCUUUCUGUCUAUCCCUUGUGUUACAUUUGCAUUCAUAUUCCCAAUCUCCUCCAGAACUAGUUGAUGUGGGCUGUUUGUGUAGAGUAUCUGUAAAUAUAACACUCAAUGUUGUACCCUUGAGGCCAUGAUGGUUAGAAUAAGCUGUUUUGUUUUAGGGGGGGAUUGUUUGUUGUUAUGGGAUUUAAAUAGCAUUGCCUUCUCUUUGUGCACCAUUGUUCAAUUGAGAUUAAAACGUCAAGCAGGCAGCUAAA